AAAUAGUGACGCUUCCUUAAGGUUUCAUCGAUUGUGUUAGAUUUGUGGAAAAGAGAGCAAUGUAAUUAUGUUUUUGGUCGCAAAGUUUGACUCAUAAGAUGAAUAGAUAUACAAGUCCCCGCCGUAGCAGCAUAUUUUGCUAUUUUAUGGGUAGUUUGUGUCGUGUUUGCAUUUGACUCCAUGGUAACUCAUUUUAUGGACAUAAGUCAACUCGAAAGGUCGGUGCAUAACGGGGUCUUUUUAAGUAAACUGUUAUAUUUAAGGAAACCUAAGUCAGCCAGCCAUGCCAGUCCAGCUUUGAUUUAUUGUCACAGUACUAAGUUGGGUACAGGCGCAACUCAAACCCAGACUGAAGCUACUGUGCAUCUUUUCUUCUGUGCUAUUAAGAAUCACCUGUGACAAUCUACAACUGUCAUGAAAUCCAGUGGACCUGUGUUCACAAGGCAGAAUCCCUUUCAACCAGCAUCCAGAGUGGGGAAGACACACUACCAUCCAUCUCGCAGCCAGUCCCUGUCAAAUAAAAAGAAGAAAACAACUUUAAGUCCUGUACGCAUAAACCAGCAAUCCAGAUCACACACUCUGAACCCAAAGAGCCAACGGCUGUUUGAGCAACAUGACCAACCUGUUGCCGCCACAGAUGGACACCCUGUUUUUUCAGAGUCCUGGCCCUCCGCCGACUGUGGAUCUUCUCCUGUCAGCAGUACAACCUCAUCUGACAUAGAGUCACCCAAGCAGUGUGCAAGAGCACAAGAAUGCACAGUUUCAUCAGAGCUAGGAGUUCAGCAGGACUCAGUGAUGGCCAAGUACAUUGAGCGCUUUCGCCAUGGUCGACCACAGAGUCGAGAGGAGCGCCAGCAGAUGCCUUCUGCUGUUGGAGAGAAGCAGUUGCCAUUUUGGUGGAUGUCACCUUCAUCUUUACCCCGCAGUUCAACACCAACUAAAGCAACAGACAAAGAUGUUAUCCAAACUCUGAAAGAUGACCACAGACCUGACAUUUUCAGUCCAGCUGGAGAGCAUCAGCAUGACAGAUCUCUUUCCCUAUGCAGUGUUUUAUCAGACACAUAUCAGGGUGAACUAGAGGACACAGAGAUACUAAACCUUCAAGAAAAGGCCAGCAGACUUCUAUUGAGAGGUGAAAAUACUCUGAGUGAUGGAUCUGUCCCUGUCAGCUCAGAGGGCCUGGCGUGCUCAGAUUUCUCUUCUCCAGUCAGCAUAGAUGAGCCAGUGCGAAGGCCUUUGAUUCCAAGUUUAAUAAAAUCGAAUGCAAAGGCCAGUUCAGACUCCGUUCAAGCUGUGUCCUUCCAAAAAUCCUCUGUCAUUCCUUCUAUGGCGCCCCCCACACGCCGGGAAGAUGACAUCUUGUUCCAGUGGCGUUUAAGGAGAAAGAUUGAGCAGGCCAGGGAGUGGCCCCAGUCCCUGCAACACUCCAGCCUUCAUGGUUCCACAUUUAGCUGGCAGGCCCCCAGUUUAAACAAUCCCUCAGCCAGUGGACAGGCUUACAAGCAACAUCAGAGUAAUCAAUCUCCUGAAUUCUCACAAAAAGCUGGGCAUCCUCACAUCACUGCUCCCCAGCCAGAAACCAAAGACUUCAACAGAUCAUGUGCCCCAGCCUCAGGUCCACCUCCCUCCCCUGCCUUUGUCCUCUCUGGCUCUUCAGUCUCUCACCCUCAGACUCUUUCCCAUGUUCCUGCCCACAUGCAUUUACUCUGUGAUGUCUUGCCCUGUCCCAUCCAGUCAUCUCAUGUUAGCAUGCAGCAAAACAUUUCAGAAAGUAUGGAUGAGUCUCAAGCCAAAGUUGUCCGUAAAAAAACCCAAGUCCCUGGAAACUCAAACACUUUAACUAAUGAGCCUGUUCGUGAACCUAAGCCAUCCCCACGGCCUGCUUCAUCAGGAGCCAUGGAGGGAGAGCAUCUUAUUCACCGCAUAAGAUCUGAGAGGUACAAGGAAGAAAAAGAAGAGACAAAAGAAUCAAAGAAUGAGAAGAAGACAGCAAUGUCCUCCAAAAAGUUGAAGAAAUUAACAAGAUAUUCUGGGGAUAUGGAACAUACUGAUGGCACUGGCUCUACAAACAGGAGUUCUUCAAAUCAAAGAGUUUCCAAGAAGGUCAUGCAGAGGACAGAGCAGCAGCAACAGGAAGGAAGCCAGGGGUUUUCCACUGAGAGCUGCACUGGCCAUCAUGCACCACCCUCUUCUCCAAUCCACAGUGCCUUAGGACAGGUAGUUUCAGAGGUGAUGUUCCCCAUGGUGGAUUCAUCUCCUGCACAGAGGAGCCCAGACUUGUGGGUUUCUCCUCCUUGCACAUCCUCGGCACCUCCACAAUCCUCACUUCCUCCAUGCAAAGUGCAGAACUCCAUGGAGGUCAUUUCACAGCUGCUGCAAGAAGCGGAAGAUUCAGAUGAAGAAGAGUUUGAAGAUGACCCUUUAUUACAAGUCCUCCGCAAGCAGAGAAAAUGGAUAAAAGAGCAAAUCAGUGAAGUGAACUCUCUGUUGAACGGAUUCAUAGAUGAGCGACAAGGCACUUGAACAUUGAGAAGAAGCACUUGAUGUGACUUUUUAAUUUUUAUAAAGAAAUAAAGUUUAUUUUGUCAUUUUUGAAGAAACAUUUCCACAUUAAAGAGUACAGAGAUAA